AAUAAAUAAACUACAACGUCAGUGAAAAGAGUCAUAACUUUUUCGUGCUGUCUUUUCAUUGUUUAAUAAGGGGCGAAGUGUGGGAAUAAAAGACGUGAAAAAAAAACCUAUCGCUGUGCUAUAUAAAUUGAACGAAACAUUCUGAAAUAAAACAGCGAACCAAAACAAACCACCCAAAUAUUUACUGAAAUCAUACGAUUUUAUCGACGAUACAGAGAAAACGAAAAAAAUCUAAUUCAAUUAUUACAAAAACAAAAAAAUUAAAACAAAAACAAACGUCGAAACGAAAAGCUGGAAUAAAAUUGGAUAAAAAAAGAGAACAAAGUAGCAUCCAAGUGAAACACAACUGUACGAAUUGAAUUUGAAAAAAAAUGGCAAGCAGAAAGAAAGUUCUACUUAAGGUCAUCAUCCUUGGCGAAAGUGGUGUUGGCAAAACGUCGCUGAUGAACCAAUAUGUGAACAAACGAUUUUCGAAUCAAUACAAAGCCACGAUUGGAGCCGACUUUUUGACAAAGGAGGUAGUAGUUGACGAUCGUGUUGUAACUAUGCAGAUUUGGGAUACUGCUGGUCAAGAACGAUUUCAGUCUUUAGGUGUUGCAUUUUAUCGUGGAGCCGAUUGUUGUGUACUUGUGUUUGAUGUUACUGCACCGAAUACGUUCAAGAAUUUAGACUCAUGGCGUGAUGAAUUCCUGAUCCAGGCCAGUCCACGUGAUCCGGAACACUUCCCAUUCGUUGUGCUUGGCAACAAAGUAGACUUGGAGAAUCGAUCGGUAUCCACAAAACGGGCUCAACAAUGGUGUCAAUCGCAAAACGAUAUUCCCUACUUCGAAACAUCGGCUAAAGAAGGUAUCAAUGUCGAACGUGCUUUCCAAACGAUUGCCAAAAAUGCAUUAGCUCAAGAGAGUGAGGAUGGUUUCAACGAUUUUCCACCGGGAAUCCAAUUGGAGUCGAACCAAAACAAUCGGCCCAGAAACUCUGAUAACUGUCCAUGCUAAUAAAUUUCUAUAGCGGCAAAAGAUCAAAAAGGAAAUAACUACAAAAUAAAAAAAAGAAUAAAAUAAAUGAAAAAAAAAAAUCAAGAAUCAAAAAAAGGAAAUAAAAUGAAGGAUAUAUGAAUAAGUUAAAAGUCGCAGUGAAUGCACGAAACAUCCGGAACAUAUAUGAAUACAAGUGACGUCAACAACAACAACAACAACAACAACCACCAUAACCACCUGAUCACUACAGUAGUGCUGCAAAUCCAAUGUAAUAAAUCAAGAGAAAUGAAAGAACACACACACACACACACACACAGAAAAUGAAACAAUUGUAAAGGAUAAUUAUAGUAACCAACCAACUAAACAACCAUUUAAUCGUGUGAAUUUCAUACACUACACUUGGUUCAUAUAUAUAAUUCACGACAGGCUAAUGCAAAUAGGACUCCUUUUUUUAUUUCAUACUUCUUUAAAAUAAAACAUUCAACAAAUUAAAUGAUAUAAAUAAAAAUGCGAUCUAGAAAAAAUUAUAUUGCGUAUGAAAAAACAACAACAAUCUUUUACCUUUAAUGUCGAUACAAAACAACGCAUGGAAUUUCAUUCUUUUCCGUCAUUCAGUUCGACCAAGAACCAAAAGCGACGAUCGAUUUACAUGUCUCCAUCGAAACAAACUCGGUUAACAUUUAAAUUUAAAAGAUUUCUGCCUAACAUUACUUUUCUCUCUCUAUUUUGUUUUUGAUUUCGAUUUGAUUUUCAGUCUUUUCUUUUAUUCAUUUUGUUUGUUUUGUGAAGAAAAAUUCAGUUGAAAAAUAUUUCGUAAAAUAUUAAAAGAAGAAGAUGAAGGAUAACAAAAAAAAAUUAAUCUUUGAAUCGUUAGUUAUGAUUACAAUAAGAUUUAAUAAAUGAAUAAAAUUAUAAAUAAAAUAAAUGAAAAAGAAAAGUCGAAACAUAGAUACAAAAAAUAAAAUGAUGAACAUACAGAUAUUUAGGGUGUGAAGUAUGAAUUGACAUAUUUGUAGGUGUAUUAAUAUUAAAUAAAGAUUUUACAUGUUAUCAAGCAAA